UCGCCGGUCGAGAACUUGUGAAGGCCGUCUUUUCCUAACAUUCGCAAGGCUCUAGGACGGAUACAUCAGGACCUCAGUACCGCUCCGCAUCAUGGCAGCUACAGGAGCCUCCGCCGAAGCAGACGCCCAAGUCCAAAUCCUCCGCAAGAUCCUCACCUCCGAACAAGAACCCCUCGCACGCCGCUUCCGUGCCCUCUUCUCGCUCAAGUACCUCGCCUCUCUGCAACCGCCCACCGAGCAGAACAUUCCCGCUAUCGCAGCAAUUGCUGCUGCGUUUACUUCGCCCUCCGCGUUGCUCAAACACGAGCUGGCAUACUGCUUGGGACAAUCCCGCCAUGACGCCGCGAUAUCCCCACUGCGACGUGUGCUAGAGGACAAGGCAGAAGAUGCUAUGUGCAGACACGAGGCGGCGGAGGCCCUGGGCGCUUUGGGUGAUCUAGGGAGUUUAGAUUUGCUCAAGGGACUACGGGACGACGCGCAGGAGCCUGAUGUAGUUCGGGAGACCUGCGAUAUUGCGGUAGAUAGGAUAGAGUGGGAGCAUGGGCUGCAGGGUAAGGACGAACAGUUGAAAAAGAGCGAUUUUGCAUCCAUCGAUCCCGCGCCGCCACUACCGCAGAGUACCGAAAAGCCAUCAAUUCCAGAGCUCGAAAAGACCCUCCUCGACACUUCUCUCCCGCUGUUCAAGCGCUACCGAGCCAUGUUUGCUCUGCGCGACCUGGCUUCCCCACCAGACCUCCCCACAGCCGUACCAGCUAUUCAAUCACUAGCCAAGGGUUUCACUGAUCCCUCUGCGCUCUUCCGACAUGAGAUCGCAUUUGUGUUCGGACAGCUAUCGCAUCCAGCAUCCAUUCCCAGCCUUGUCGAGACGCUCAGUAACACAAAGGAAGCUGGUAUGGUCCGUCAUGAAGCUGCUGAAGCGCUCGGAAGUCUAGGCGAUGAAGAGGGAGUGGAGGAUAUAUUGAGGAAAUUCCUGGACGAUCCGGAGCAGGUGGUGCGGGACAGCGUGAUAGUGGCGCUCGACAUGGCAGAAUUCGAGAAAAACGGCGAAGCGGAGUAUGCAAUAGUACCGGAGGCGAAGCCUAUUGCGGCGUAGGCAGGGUAUUGGAUGCAUGCACGAAGGCGUUCCGGCUACACGGUGGGAUGUUGGAGGAUUGAUGUGCCCAAUAUUCAGCUCAGUUGUUCGUGUUCCAU